AUGAAGAGAAAAUCAGUUCAUAUAAGAAGGAAUAUUAUAAAAUCUCAAAAUACGCUGGAAAAAUUUGGUAUUUUCAAAAAGGUGAAUAUUUUAAAAAAUAGUAGAGAAGCUGAAAAGGAUAGUGAAAAAGAGAAUGAUAAUGUGAAAAAUAUUGAGAAGAAUAAUAUAAAAGAAAAUGAAGUUAUUUUUAUAAAAAAAGAAAAAUGUGAUGAAGAUAAUCAUGAAGAUGAUGAUCAAGAUAUAGAUUGCAUCAAAGAAAAUGAUAACAAAGUGUGCUUAAUAAAAGAAAAAAGUAAUUUAUAUUAUGCUAAUGAAAAGGAUGUAAUAAGAAUAAAAAGAGAAAGAUGUCAUGAUAAAGAAGAAAAUGAGAAAAGAAAUGAUAAUAUUAUAAAAACAGAACAUGAAUUAGAAAAUGAUUUAUUAUCAUCUUCAUCUAUUAAUAUAAAAAUGGAAAUGGGGAAAAUAGAAAAUAAUGAAUGUAUAAGUGAACAAGAAAAAAAAAAAAAAAAUGAUAAUAAAAAUAAAGAGAUAAAUAAAAGUCAUAAUAAUUUACCUUUACAUAAAAUAUAUGAACCAAUAUAUAAAGAAGAUUUUAUUAGUGAAAUUAGAAGUAAAAAGAACCCAUUAAUAGCAAAAAUUUUAGAUGAAGAUUUAAAUUUUAAUUUAAUAUUAUGUGGACCUCCAGGGUCAGGAAAAUCAUCAUUAGUUAAUGUUAUCAAAAAUAAAACAAAUAAUUGUUUUAUAUCAUUAUUUCAUUUAAAUAAUUUAAAUAAUGAAUUAAAAAAAGUAUAUGAUAAGUCAGUUAUAAAUUAUAAAAUAUCAAAAAAAAAAUCAAUUUUAUGUAUAAAAGAUAUUAAUAGAUUAAAUAAAAGUCAACAAGAAAAUUUAUUAUUAAUAUUAAAAAAAGGUUAUUUCUAUUUAUUAGCAACAUGUUUAUUUAAUCCUAUGAAUAUUCUUAAUGCAUCCUUAAGUUCACGAUGUUUAUAUCUAUAUUUAAAUUCUUAUGAAAAAACAGAAUUAGAAUUAAUUAUUAAAAGGAUAACAAAUAAAUUGGAUAUACAAAUAGAGGAAGACGCUUUAAAUUUAAUUAUGAAUCAUUCAUGUGGUGAUGCAAGGGUUGCAAUCAAUAUAAUAGAUUUUGCAGUUCAAAGAAUGAAUAAACAAAAUUUGAUUAUAAAAGAAGAGGAUAAUGUAUCUCAAAAUGUGGUAGGUACUUUAGAAGAAGGAAAAAAGGAUAAACCACAUAUUCAAUUUAUUAAGAAAAUGGAGGAUAAUACUUAUGAUGAUGAUGAAAAUAAUAUUAAUAAAGAUAAUAUUGAUUGUAAUAAUAUUAAUAAAGAUAAUAUGGAUGAUAAUAAUAUUAAUAAAGAUAAUAUUGAUGAUAAUAAUAUUAAUAAAGAUAAUAUGGAUGAUUAUAAUAAUAACAAUGAACUACACAAUAUAAAUUUCAGUUAUAGUAACGAUAAUCCAUAUGAGACACAUCCAUUAUUAUAUCAAAAUUCGAUUAAAAAGAAUGUUAUAACACUUAAUAAUAUAAAAGAAAUAUUACAAAAUUUUCCAUCUAAUGAUGAUAAAUUAGAUCAUUACAAUUUUAUUUCAGGGUUACAUAAAAGUAUUAGAGCUGGUAAUGUCAAAGCAGCUAUUUUAUAUUUAAUGAAAUCCUUAAAAAAUGGAGAAGAUCCAAUAUAUAUUUGUAGAAGAUUAAUAAGAAUAGCAUCAGAAGAUAUAGGAUUAGCUAAUCAUGAUGUCUUAUCUAUAUGUAUUAAUACACAUUAUGCAUGUAAAGCUAUAGGAAUGCCUGAAUGCCAAACAUCUUUAAUAUAUGCUGUUAUGGUUUUAUGUAAAUCUGCUAAAAGUAAUUAUAUAUAUCUUGUAGAAAAUACAGCAAAACAAAUAUGCAACGAAUAUAAUUUUAAUGUACCUUUUCAUUUAAGAAAUAGCUCAAAUAAAUACAUAUAUACUAAUCAACCUGAAAUUUUAUCAUAUGAUGAACACGUGAAUAAAUAUAAAGAUGUUCAGAAGUAUUUACCAGAUUAUUUGGAAAACUUAGAACUCUUCCCAGAAAUAUGA